GACCCCCAGUCACUGUUCGUCCAGGGCACCCCGGACCAGGUGGACUCCCUUCUUCAGACGGCCAAGAAGCAGUUCGACCCAGCCCGGAGCGACCGGGUGCUGGUCCUCGGCGGCAGCGACAUGUGGCUCUCGGAGGUGCUUACCCACACCGACAACUUCCACACGACAGAGCACAAUCCCGAAGGCUACCACGACCUCAUCAAG